AUGACUGCAGAUGUACGCAGCCAACUCUUCCGGCAGUUCCGUUACCAUGAGGUUGAUGGGCCCCGAGAGAUAUGGGGAGGAUCCCUGAAGGCGGAAGCAAAGUUCUCUGAGGCAGAAGGAGCUCCGUCAGAGGAAGGUCAGAGGGCGCAGGCCCAGGAACAUGCCCAAGAUGCCCUGUCAAGUGGCAGUGAAGAGAUGUUAUCGAGCUAUUUUCUUUGCAGAGAAGUGGAAAUGGCUGUUCAACCUCUGGUCCAGGUGGCCGUGCAUUUCACUGUGGCGGAGUGGGCCCUGCUGGAUCUGAGCCAGAAAGCUCUCUACAGGGAAGUCAUGUGGGAGAUCUAUGGUAGCCUGGCUUUUCUGGAAGCCAGGAAUGUAAGAGGCCCUACGGCGGAGACUGACAAAGGCCUUGCAUCUGAAGAAUGGCUGCAGAAUUUCUCCGGAAGAUCGCAAGAGACUAUUUCCUUCCCAAAUGAACCGGAUGCAACAGGGGAUAAUCAGAGGAAUGAGGAGGAUGAGAAACUGCAUCAACUAUCUCCAGGUGAAGUCAUGAAGGAAGACGUGAGAAAAAACAUCAGGAUUCAACUAAGGUCUAAGAGGCAGAAAGUCAACAGCAGGGUGAAGAAAAGGGACAACUCCAUUCCUUGCCAAGGGGAGGAUGUCCAAGAAAUAGUUCACAUGUUGGAGGAAACAUACAGGUGCUUGGAGUGUGGAAUGAACUUCUCUGAUCAAACCCAGUAUAACGUCCAUUUCAGAAUGCACGGUGGAAAGAAGACCCAUCAAUGCCUGAAGUGUGGAAAGACCAUGAUUCGCAGAUCAGAAUUCCUUGGACAUUUAAGAACACAUACAGGAGAGAAACCUUAUAGCUGCUCAGACUCUGGGAAGAGCUUCUCAGAGAAAUCAGACCUUUUUCAACAUCAAAGAAUUCAUUCAGGAGAGAAACCCCUUACCUGUUCAGAGAGUGGAAGAAAGUUCUUGGAUGGAAGAAAGGGUGAUAUACAUUUUUCAAAGCAAAGUAUAAUUAAGGCAUGGAAAUGCUUUCGGUGUGGAAAGUACUUCAUGUACAGGUCACAGCUUUUUGUGCAUCAAAGGAGCCAUUCAGGGGAGAAAUCUUUUGAAUGCUUAGAGUGUGGAAAGAAAUUCAGUCAUAGUUUCCUUCUUAAACAGCAUCAGAGAAUCCACACAGGAGGGAAACUUCUUGAAUACUCAGAGUGUGGGAAGAGAUUCAGCAACAGUGGCCAUCUUCAAAGACAUCUAAGAACCCACACAGGGGGGAAGCCUUUUGAAUGCUCAGAGUGUGGGAAGACAUUCAGUCAGAACAGCAACCUUCAAACUCAUCUAAGAACUCACACAGGGGAGAAGCCUUUUAAAUGCUCAGAGUGUGCGAAGACAUUCAGUCACAGUGGCCAUCUUCAAAGACAUCUAAGAACCCACACAGGGGGGAAGCCUUUUGAAUGCUCAGAGUGUGGGAAGACAUUCAGUCAGAACAGCAACCUUCAAACUCAUCUAAGAACCCACACAGGGGAGAAGCCUUUUAAAUGCUCAGAGUGUGCGAAGACAUUCAGUCACAGUGGCCAUCUUCAAAGUCAUCUAACAACCCACACAGGGGAGAAGCCUUUUGAAUGCUCAGAGUGUGGGAAGAGAUUCAACAGGAGUGCCAAUCUUCAAAGUCAUCUAAGAACACACACAGGGGAGAAGCCUUUUGAGUGCUCAGAGUGUGGGAAGAGAUUCAGUCAGAGUAAUCAUCUUCAGACUCAUCUAAGAACCCACACAGGGGAGAAACCUUUUGAAUGCUCAGAGUGUGGGAAGAGAUUCAGUGAUGGUAAUACUCUUAAACAACAUCAAAGAAUCCACAAAGGGGAGAAGCCUUUUGAAUGCUCAGAGUGUGGGAAGAGAUUCAGUGAUGGUAAUACUCUUAAACAACAUCAAAGAAUCCACAAAGGGGAGAAGCCUUUUGAAUGCUCAGAGUGUGGAAAGAGAUUCAUUUACAACAGCUAUCUGCAGGGUCAUCUAAGAAGCCACACAGGGAAGAAACCUUUUGAAUGCUCAGAGUGUGGGAAGAGAUUCAGUAAGAAUGGUCAUCUUCAAAGUCAUCUAAGAAUCCACACAGGGGAGAAGCCUUUUGAAUGCUCAGAGUGUGGGAAGAGAUUCCGUGGGAGUAGCAAUCUUAAAAAACAUCAAAGAAUCCACACGGGGGAGAAGCCUUUUCGAUGCUCAGCUUGUGGGAAGAGAUUCAGUGACAGUAGUACUCUUAAACAACAUCUAAGAACCCACACAGGGGAGAAGCCUUUUGAAUGCUCAGAGUGUGGGAAGAGAUUCUGUGGCAGUAGCAAUCUUCAAAAACAUGUAAGAACCCACACAGGGGAGAAGCCUUUUGAAUGUUCAGAGUGUGGGAAGAGAUUCCGUGGCAGUAGCCAUCUUCAAAAACAUAUAAGAACCCACACAGGGGAGAAGCCUUUUGAAUGCUCAGAGUGUGGGAAGAGAUUCAGUCAGAGCGACAACCUUCGAAAUCAUCUAAGAACCCACACAGAGCAGAAGUCUUUUUAA